GUUGGUUCGAUUGUGUGGCUGUCCAUGUUUCUGUUGGGGCAUCAGGUUAGGGAAAUUAUACCAAUUUGAGGGAAAUUCUCUGAAAAGAAUAAACAAAUUCGAUAUUUCUGAAAGUCGUGUGAGCUAUUAAUCGAUGGUUGUGCAACUGAAGGAAUCUAUAGUUGCAAUGUGUUGCAAUAUAAUUGUUCCAUAACAUGUUUUCGUGAUUGCAUUUCACUAUGGCGGACGUAGAAGACGGCCAGUUUGACGAAGCAGAAAAUGAGACUGUCACGCCUGCUGCUAGAGGAAAGCCUGUGCUGAGGGCCAACCUGCUAAGUGAUAUUGCAAACCUCUCCAUAGAAGAAGAUGAUUUUUCGAGUGACUGUGAGAAUGAUUCUGAUGAUAACUUCUAUGAAUGGGGUAUAAAUUCAGGUCCCACCAAGGAAUAUGGCGUUUCAGUGGACAACAGCUACCAGCCACAGGAGAAACAGUUGAAACGCUUCAUGAACAAGAUAAAUGUAGAAAAAUAUGAGGGUCCAGUGUUGCCAAACUGUGCCACCAACUUGCUGAUACAAAGUAAUCGAAGGCUUGAGGCUGAAAGAGCUCGAACCAAAGACAAACAUGACCGAGCAACAGCGGAACAGGUAAUGGACCCACGAACUCGCAUGAUUUUGUUUAAGCUGCUGAACCGAGGGACUAUAUCAGUCGUAAAUGGAUGCAUCUCAACAGGCAAGGAGGCAAAUGUUUACCAUGCAACUGGCAAGGAAAAUCAGGAUGUGGCCAUAAAGAUUUACAAAACUUCCAUCCUGGUGUUCAAAGACAGGGACAAAUAUGUGUCAGGGGAGUUCAG